GUGUCAUGUCUUUUUUUGACUAAUCCUUCUACCUCCCUACGUAUCUUAAAGUCAAUGCCCUCAGUUUGCCCUUUCUACUCUCAUUUUGUGUUGGCCCCUAUCCCUCGACCGCCUUUCUACUUCGAGUGAAGUAUCAUUGGUUGUAUGUCGUGUAACUAUCAUGCAGUCUCAUCUCACAUCCUUGAUUCCACCCUAUUUUGCGUCGUGUCUAAUAAGCCGGGCAACUCGACGUGGCAGCAGGCGACCUAUCACAGUCGAAUUUCAAGGCCUCGCAUAACAGACUUCCACCCUAUUAAUUAUGUACCUCUCUACAUCGCUGCUUUAAGCGGUGGCUGCUACCAGCCGUUGCGGGAGAAAUAGAGACUAUCCCCCAUCUACCGUAUCUGCUUGCUUUCCCACCUUUCUACACUGAAUUAUCCGUACAGCAAGCCUUAGUCACCGCCAAAAUCCCUCGCCGCUUCAACUCAGACAGCCCUUCCAGGAUGUCGGACUACCUUGGGACGUUCGACUUCGACGCCUUUUCGGCCCCUAACGAGUAUACAUUCGACUUCAGCGCCCUGGAUAGUACCUACCCCAUUGGCCAAGAGCCGCAGCCUUCCGUCGUCGACUUCAACCAAUCGCUGCCGCCUGUUGCUACUGUAGCCACUGUGGAACCGACGACUGUUAAUCCCGCUACUGCUCAGGGUCGCUUUGAGUACCAUCCUAUGACUGCACAAGCGCCCGAAAAUUCCAGGAGCCUCAAGAAUAAGCAGCACAGCCCACAUGCAUCCGACCACUACCCCAUUCAGAUGCUCCCCCCAUUCGCAUGUGUUGAAUGCAAUAAGGAGUUCGGAACUCGGCAAGAACUGAACAAACAUGCCGAAACCAAACAACAUAGAUGCUGCCAGUGUUCAUGCGAAGCACUAUUUGCACGUACCGAUGCACUGGAUCGCCAUUGUUCCUACUUCGGCAAGGAUAACCAAGAUUUUCCUUGUAGAUUUUGCAAAAAUCAUCGUGGCAGUCACAGCUUCCGCCGACGCGAUCAUCUUGUUCAACACCUUCGUGGGUAUCAUAAAUUCGACCAAGAGGAGGUCAGAAAAGCAUCACCAAGAGAAAGGCGUGGAGGCACAUUCCAGGGUUGUUGCCCAUAUCCCUAUUGCGAACUCCACAGAGAUGAGGAAUUAACAUUUCUCCAAAACCCUUUUCAGAAGCCGUCGGAAUACAGCAAGCACCUAAAGGAUUUCCACAAAGUCACACCAUUCCCAUGCCCCGUAUCUGAAUGUGAACGAACCGGUCCUAAAGGGUACAUCUCCGGGAAAGGUCUUGAGAAGCACUUGAUUCAACAACACUCAGAGGAUACGCAGUCUCUGGCAAGACUCCGCGAAGAACUUCAGCACACACAUCGCUCUUGCCCUACUUGUGGUAGGAAUGAUAUGCCUCUAGCAGAAUUCAAUCUUCACGUUCGCAUUUUCCAUCGAGGCCAGGCCCACCAGACAGGCUUACAAGAAGCCGACAUCUGA